AUGUCAUUCAAUACUGCUUUAGAUUUUAGAAGUUUUAUCAAAACACUUAAAGAUGAAGGAGAUUUACAGGAGAUCAAUGCUGAAAUUGAUCCAGAUUUAGAACUAGGUGCUAUUAUGAGAAAAGUAUAUGAAGAUAAAUUACCUGCUCCAUUAUUCAACAAAUUAAAACAGGAUCCAAAAAAUGUUGAUCCUGAUAAUUUAUUUCGUGUUUUAGGUUGUCCAGGUGGUUUAAGAUCAUUCGGUAAUGAUCAUGCUAGAAUUUCAUUACAUUUAGGAUUAGAUUCACAAGCUCCGAUUAAUGAGAUUAUAAAUUAUUUAAUUUCCGUUAGAAAUCCAAUUGAUUUCAUACCUCCAAAAUUAGUUUCGAAUGAUGAAUCACCACAUAAGAAAAAUCACUUGAAUAAAGAUCAAAUAGAUUUAACUAAAUUACCGAUUCCUCAUUUACAUCCUGGUGAUGGUGGUAAAUAUUUACAAACUUAUGGAAUGUGGGUUGUUCAAACUCCUGAUAAAUCAUGGACUAAUUGGUCAAUUGCAAGAGGUAUGGUUCAUGAUUCUCAUUCAAUUGUUGGUUUAGUUAUGAAUCCACAACAUAUAAGUCAAGUCACAGAAGCAUGGAUGAAAAUUGGCAAAGGUGAUAAAAUUCCAUUUGCUUUAUGUUUUGGAGUACCUCCAGCAGCUAUUUUAGUUUCUUCAAUGCCUAUACCUGAUGGUAUGACUGAAGCUGAAUAUAUUGGAGCAUUAUGUAAACAAGCAUUACCUGUUGUGAAAUGUGAAACUAAUGAUUUGGAAGUACCAGCAAAUUGUGAAAUUGUAAUUGAAGGUUAUUUAGAUAGAAAUCAUUUAGUUUCAGAAGGUCCAUUUGGUGAAAUGCAUGGUUAUUGUUUCCCACAUGAUUCAAUAAAACAACCAACUUAUAAAGUUGAACAUAUGACAUAUAGAGAUAAUGCAAUUUUACCAGUUUCAAAUCCAGGUUUAUGUGUAGAUGAAACACAUACAUUAAUUGGAGGUUUGGGUUCUGCUGAAACUAAAUAUUUGUUGUUACAACAUCCAAUAUUGAAGAAUAUAGUUCUUGAUGUAUUUACACCUUACGAAGCACAAGCAUUAUGGUUGACAAUUAAAAUUAAUACAAAAGAAUUGGUUAAAUUAAAUACAAAUGCUAAAGAUUUAAUGAAAUUAAUUGGUAAUUUCUUAUGGAAAUCAAAGGAAUGUUAUAAAGUAUGUCUGAUAAUUCAUGAAAUUAUUCUAGUUGGUGACGAUAUUGAUAUUUUCAAUUUUAGAAAAUUUAUUUGGGCUUAUACAACAAGACAUACACCUGGAAAUGAUCAAUUAUUUUAUGAUGAUGUUAAAUCCUUCCCAUUAGCUCCAUUCAUUUCACAAGGACCAUUAAUAAAAACUAAAACUGGUGGUAAAGUAGUUACAAAUUGUAUAUUUCCAAAACAAUUUACUGAUCCAAAUUAUGAAUUUACUACUUGUGAUUUUGGAGGGUACCCAAAAGAUAUAAAGGAUAAGGUAUUGAAAGAUUGGUCUAAUAUAUAUAUCUAG